AUGAGAGUUAAUCAGGGGAAGACUACUUGUCAGUUUUUCUCUCUCAACAGACAACAUUUUACACCUAGACUAAUGCAUGAGAAGUCGGUUUUGCAGCAGACGGAUGGUGCCACCUAUCUUGGCUAUAUUUUUGACAAGCGUUUAACUUGGAGAAAGCAUGCAGAGCAUGUAGUUGCUAGGGCGGAGGGUAGAUUACCUAUCCUUAAACACUUAGCAGGUGUUAAAUGGGGUUGUGGUACAGAGACCCUCAACUCGACGUAUAAAAUAUAUAUUCGGCCAAUACUAAAUUAUUGCUGUGAGAUAUUGAUCUCGGCUACGCGAGAUGUGAUACAUCUGGAGGUCUUCCAAAAUCAGGCACUGCGCAUUAUAACCAGCACUGUUAAAAUGACUCCCAUUCCAGCAAUGCAGUUGCUAUUGGCAAACCAACCAGUGACAAACCUGAUUCAGAAAAAUGCUUUCAUCCUUUUCCAGAGACUUAUUUGUCUACCAAGUAACCCUCAUUGGAGGAAUUAUGAUUAUAAUAAACAACGAAAUCUGAAGACACAAAAUGGCUUUCUACAGUGUGUCUUUCACCUAGAACAAUACAAUCAUAUAAGAACACUGAAACCGGCACUGCUGUUUUUGCUAAAUCCUUUGGAUUACAGCUUCCUUGAUGUGCAGUUGAACCUGGAAAUGAAAGUAGAUAAAAAGGAAAUGAGUCCAGAGCAAAUAAGAACUAUAGCUUUGGAAACAAUUGAGCAAUGUUUUCCAGCUGAGGAAUGGAUUCAUGUAUACAUGGAUGGCUCUUUGCCCGAUAGGAUUCAGGAGGCUAGAGCUGGAGUUUUUAGCAAGCUUUUCAGUUUUUACAUACCUGUAGGGAUGUAG